UUACAUCUGGCAACAAGUGCAACAUCGCGAGAGUGACGUAUGAACGGCAGAAGAGACGAAAACGAAAGAAAAGCCUUUCUGUGCCGUUGUUAUCUUCUAUCGUACCUGAAGAAUGGAGACAAACGGCCAGGCUAAUGGGCUUAAAUCAAAAAAGAAAGAAAACGGAGACGUCAAGGACAACCUAUGGUCUUCGAUUCUAGAAGAGGUCCAAAACCAAGGGAACACAAAACUACCUUCAAACAAAAAUGUUUUAGUUUUGGGUGACAAUGAGACUGGUAAAACUACUCUGGUAGCAAAAUUACAAGGUGUUGAAGACCCUAAGAAAGGUUCGGCACUCGAAUACGCGUAUAUAGACGUUAGAGAUGAUUAUCGAGAUGAUCAAACACGUCUCAGUGUAUGGGUGCUGGAUGGGGACCCAGGACACACAAACCUCCUCAAGUUUGCCCUCAGUGAGGAGACGUUCCCCCACACACUGGUACUCCUCACAGUGGCGAUGACCACGCCAUGGGGUAUCCUGGAUCAGUUGCAGAGUUGGGCUUCGGUGCUCGGCGACCAUAUAGACAAAUUAGAUCUCACACCGGAACAAAGGUUACAAAGUAAAAAGCAGCAAGUACAGAAAUGGCAGAGGUAUACGGAGCCGGGAGACGAGCUGGAGCCCACAGCAUCCUCGCCCAUGAAGAGAUCGUCGAGGAACCUGUCAGAUGACUUCGACAAUGGCGAUGAGGAUGACUGUCCUCUGCCUGAGGCCGUACUUACUACCAAUCUAGGACUUGAUAUUGUAGUUGUGGCAACUAAGACUGACUACAUGAGCACCCUGGAAAAGGAACAUGAUUACCGCGACGAACACUUUGACUUCAUGCAGCAGUGGAUCCGGCGGUCUUGUCUGCAAUACGGAGCAGCUCUCUUCUACACCAGCGCUAAAGAAGAUAAGAACUGCGAUCUUCUGUACAAGUAUCUAACGCACAGGAUAUACGGACUGCCUUUUAGGACACCAGCGUUAAUUGUGGAGAAGGACGCCGUUUUGAUACCGGCUGGCUGGGACAGCAUGAAGAAAAUUAGCAUAUUGUAUGAAAACAUGCAGUCGUGUAAGCCAGACGAUUACUACAGAGAUGUCAUCGUGCAGCCUGUUAUACGGAAAAGUGGAGCGAAUCGCGAAGCCGAAGUACAGGCAGAGGAUGAACAAGCGUUCCUACAGCGACAGUUGGCGGCGCUGCAGGCCGGCGCCCCCGCGCCUCGCGCUGACUCGCCGCUACGUGCUACACAACGUGCUACUGCGCAGCUCGACGGCGCAAAAAUCGGCAUGGGACCAGGCACACCUGGCAACGAAGGUGUUCUAGCUAACUUCUUCAACUCGCUGCUGUACAAGAAGACGGGCUCCCCGCUGGGCCGCGCGGAGGGCACGCCGGCGGCGGCGGCCGCGCGGAGUGACGCGGCGGCUGAACUGGAUCGUCUGACCAGGGCCAAGCGGCCUCCCCAGCCGCCGCUCGAUCUUAACUCCUCGUCUGAGUGCUAGCGGGAUAAGCACAGGUACAUGUAGUGAUGCGGUUCGGACCGCGGCAGCACGCGUCACGCUACAGCCGGUGCCGGUAAGCUCGCGACUAAGGCUUACUGCCCAUACGUAUUCGGUUCAUACUUAAACGGUGGACAACUCAACUAAAAACAACCACCAACGCAGAUUUUUGAAAGAUUGGCUACUUCAUUUUUCUUCAAAACUACAGAAUAACCGAAAACGCAUAAUAAAUAGGAAUAAGUCUCAUUCUAAAAGUCAAUUUUCCAAUUUUAAAACUAACAGUUUUUAUUUUUAACGCUUUCCAUGUUGAAAUAAUUAAAAAAAUAUCGUACUUACCAAGUUUGUCCAUCACUACAUCGUGAGAAUCUCUAGCUAGAUAAUCGUAGAUACAUCGAAACCGGAUCAGCAUUUUUGUGUUGUAAACACACAGAUAGACAGGCUGUUGAUAUUUUGUGGCAGCUUUGAAUUGUCAGUCUUUCAAAAAUCGGAAUUAAUGUCGGCGAGAAGUGCAUACUGUUUAGUGUUACCAAUAAAUAAAUCAAAAAAGUAUUAUGGUAAUUUUUGGGUAAAUAAAACAACACAUGAAAUAAUCCCUAGUUCAUGAGUAUAUAUUUUCGAAGCGGUAACUCGUAAACACUUAGAUGCAGGCUUCGCAAAAGCUAUCUUUCUUCGUAUGAUGAUAAAAUUCUAUUGAGAUUGUCUGUAAAAUUCACCUGGCUUGAGACAUCACGAUUUUCUAUAUCUAGUGAUAAACUAAUAUUUUCAGCUGUCAGCCAUGCUUACAGAACUGCGAUUUGCCUGCUUUGAAAUAUAAUACUUAUAAGCUCGAAUAAUCUGCUGUUACUUAAGUUUUAAGUCGUACUUAAUUGCUUAAAUCGCUAAAAAAUACUAUUCCUACAAGUUGAGAAAACAUACUAUUUUCUUUAUCUUGUAAUUCAAAGUCUCGGCUUAAAAUUAAGUGACGAUAAUUUCUUCCAGAACUUUCCUAAAGUAUUAUCUACACAGUAUAGCACUUUCCGUCGAUGUAUCCUCGGCUUUGAGUCGCCACAAUACCCACACGGCGAUAAGUGAUUGUAUUAUGUAACGACAAUUUAGAUUUUAUAUUAUUUGUAAAAUUAACUCGAAAGGGACGGGACGUUUUGGGUUCAAAUGUUGAUGUUUAGAAAAGAAAAUAAAAUAUAUAUUCGCUUGAAAUGUUUAGGAGCUUAAAUAUAGAUAAAGGUUACCCUCUUUAAUCAGUAUUUUUUUUUAAUAAAUUAAAUUUAAAUUCAGUGUUUUUGGGUUGUUUACAAGCUUUUUUACAAAUAUGAUGCAGUGUGAUUUCGCUACUUUGUUAACAAAAUAUUUCAAUGUUCUGUUAUUACUACACAAUUUUGAAUUCGAAGUAAAACACUUAGAUGUCUAACUCCAUAGCUGUGUACACAAGCCUUAAAAUGUCGUAAAAAAUCCACACCUAUAAUAAAAAUAUAAUAUGUAGAAUCUAUGAAAUAUUAAAGUUUAUUGUAUUGUUACAACUAAUAAUUGUUGUAAAUAGUAUUUUUUACAAAUCGUAAGACCCAAAACCGUCUCUGCCCUAAGUAUAGGAACAACGUUAUUCAUACAUUUCCAUUACUAUCGAAAAUAAAUGAGAAUUUAAUUUAAUUUCCUAAUUAAAACGCAACGUUUAUUUGUAACAUUGUUUAUGAUAUUAAAAUAAGUAUUUAUUUAGUUAGUCUGAAGUUAGUGCUGGGAUACACGAUUCUAUUUGUACAACAUCAGAAAACAUUUUCACCAUACAUAAAUUACAUUUUUACUAGCAUCAUAUAAUAUGGUAAAUGGAAAGAAUUCUGCACACUGACGAGAACUGUCAAAUUGCUGUAAGCAAACAGAUCAAUCUUUGUUGUCAAAACAAAGGUGAUUACUGUUUGACAGGGUGUCCAUUAUUUAGUUUCAGAAGUUCUUUUUCCUCUGUAUUUUCUAUACAGAAUUUCGUUUGUGAAAGAGGUGUUAUUACCACAUUGCUAAGCUACGAUUUAACUUGAGAUCUUUUGGGUUGUGGCUUUUUCAAUGACAGUAAAUAAUGGAUCCGUGUAACCCAGCACUUACUGCUAUACGAUACGAAAAACAUUAUCCUAGUGAAAGGUUUUGUUAUCACCUGAGAUUACGGGAGUUCCACACGAUCUCCCGAGAUGACUGGCGGUGCAGUGAUACAUGGUUUUAUGCACAAUCAAGUCACUAUUUGUACAAAACAUUCAACAGUGUAUGCCAACUAAUUAACUACGUUGUAAAACAUAUAUUUUUAAUUAUUUGCUCAUCAAACUUUUAGAUUCGCUUUCCCAAUUGGACUCAAUGGUGACCUUUAUUGUGUUGUGGUAACCGAAUUUAUUUAUUAUGGAAUUAUAUUGAAUAUUUGGAUUUUUUUUAAUGUCCCAUCCCUAAUGUAUUGUGUUUUUAUUUUUACAUUGUGACUGUAUUAGAUUGGAUUUUGUUCACACGUGGUGCAAUACUGAACAUUCCAAACCUGGUUUGGUGCUUAUUGUAAUAGUAAAAUUAUUAUUAAUUAACAUGGAGUUUCAUUUGACGUUUCUUGCCUUUGCUCUCUUCACGUUUCGGUUAGGAACAUUAUGCAUUAAAGGUCACUAUUAUUCCAAGAUAACAUUCUAAUUUACCAAAAAUACAUUCUGUAAGUAGAUGGAGUACGAAAUCAUAUCGUAGAGUACUUAAACGUUUUAGCAAAUCCAAAUGAUAAUGAAAAUAACAGAUGCAAAAAGCAUGGCUUUUCCUAAACUUAAUAAGUAUUUAUAUCGAUUAAUAAAAUAUCUUUCAACUUAUAACUUAUUAACGUGAAUAGCUUAGGUAUUAAUUAAUUUUAGCAGUGUUUUUUGACAAAAUUAUGGGAAAUAUGCCCUUGCUUUGAUCUCCAAUAGACUUGGUAAAAGGGUAUUGGCAGCUAGAGAUGUUUUGAAGAAGUAGCACAUUUUCUCGAUAUACUUAAGAACAAUGCUUUAUUUGCUACGUAAUAAAUAUAGGAUUGCUUCUUCUUUCGUUUAUGGUUUAAGCUUUUGUAAGUUUUAAAAAGUGUACGUCAAAUCUGAGAAAUUAAUGUAAUUCGUAUACAUGGAUGAUGUGAUGCCUUCUUUCAUUGAAUUCGGCAAAUAAACUUGAGUGAUGUUGCAAAAGGGAUAUUUUAGUGCAGAGGUAAAAUAAAAAUAAAUUUGUCAAAAAACACAAAUAUGUUAUUAUUAUAAUAAUAAACUCAUUUGUAUGAUAACGGAGAAGUAUUGGCAAGUUUUGAUAUGAAAUAUUUGUACAAGUAAAUGAUGUGGUUUGAAGCUAAAGGCUGGAUUAUUGUCUAUUUUUAUAAAGGGGAUUAAAUGUUAGGUGGCUAAAAUGCAUAAUUUUAAUAAACAUAGACUAUUUGUGAGCUGUGGGGGGUUUCUUCGACCACUUUGACAGGGUAACUCGCGGCAGUGUUGCCCUAUGUUGUUACAAAUAUUUCCCCAGUUGAUGUGGUCGCCUAUUUAUACGUAUAUUUAUUAUGAAUAGUAAUCAAGUAUUUUUAUAUAAUUGCAUUGUAACCCUAUGUAACUCUAACAGCUUUUGAAAAUUUUGUGUACCUAAUUCGGUGAAUGUUCUAGAACGCAGAUAACUUUUUGCUCAUUUAUUUUCUACUUUUAACAUUUAUGUACUAGUCAAAUAUCAGUUUGUUUUAUAUUGAUUAACGACUACCUACAUCUCUUUCUGUGAUAUAUUUUUUAUGUAGAACAAAAUAAUUUCCUUUUUAAUCUGUUCUGUGUAUGAUGUAUUAGCCACAUAACAUCCUCAUAUAGGCAUAGAUUUUUUGUUUCCCGCUCAACUGUUACGAGAAAGACAAAUUCUUUUUUCUUUUGUUGAAUUUUGUUUAGUUUUAAAAAUAUUCGUAACAUAAAAUAUUUUAUGCAUUAUUUUUUCCGAUUAAAAUUAAAAAAGUAUUUAUUUAAAACAUAGACUAUAAUGAAUAGUUGGCUGUUUAGAAAAACAAUGCCAUUUCGGUUGUAAUGAAUACAGUUGAAGCUAUAAGGCUUAGUGAUUAGUUAGAUUCUCAAAAGAUAAUUUUUGUUACGCUUUGCAAUAGGUUAGAUUCCAAUAUUUAAUAGCAAAACAUUUUAGUUUAACUAUGUUAUUUAAAUAAAAAAAUAUUACUAAUCUAUAAGCGAUGCGCGAUGGUCUAAUGGCCAAGAUCGAACGAUUUAUUUCUAUUUGAGUGUAUAAAAAGUAUUUAUGAUAAUAUGGAAUUUUAAAAAGUAAUAAAAUGCAGACAGUGAGCAUCCAUAAUGUACUGGUGACAUUUUUUAUGUUUUCCAUCUCACUAUUUGGGUGUAACUUUAUUGUACAUGGAAGCUUUGGGAGUCAAAUUUAGUACUUAACUAUGCGUAAUAUUCAGUAAGAACUCAAUCACAGGCAAGGAGGUCCUUUCACUCGAGGAUCUUUCUGAUUUUCAACCUUAUUACUAAAAAUAUAAGGUUGAAAAUUACAGCCCUCAAGAAAAACUAAAACAAAUGACAAUCUGAUAGCAUGAGGAACUAUAUAGAAUCAAUAAUACCACUUCUUUGACACCCAAAGCUUCUAAAUCUUAUCGCACACUCAUCUCUGUAAAUAUCCUUCCUUUACAGAGCUAAUGCAGUGAAUAUCAAACACUUAUUGUAGUUGCAGCGGUUAUGUCUAAUUGUAAGCUUAUAGGCGAUACUGUACAUAAUUUGAAUAAACUAGCACGGGAACUGUUCUGAUCAA